CCUCUCUAUAGUCUAUAGUAGUAACGAAGGAGUCGUUUCUUAUCUGGUUUAUGGUAUUGUGCGUUACACAGGGCGAACGCGAGGACCGGGUCUUGGAAGAUUCCUAUCAAUUAAUUGAAAAUGCUGCUCAAAUUAUCACUUAUUCUGCACGUAGCCUUAGUGCUAGGCUUUCCCAAGGAAGCACCGGAGCCGAUGAAGACUUCUGUGGAAUCUUUAGAACCGGCCCAAAAGCCUUACUUUUACCUAACACAACAAAAUGUGAAUAAUCCCCAGGCGGGAGAUCAGCAAAUGCUAAACGAAGAAAAUCCAAAAGCUUCCUUUCCACCACAACAAGUACUUCAAAUCCAACCAAACAUGCCCAACGGUUACGGAGUGCAAUAUUUGGAGCCCCAGUUUCAGUAUCCUGUAUACAACCAACAGGCUUUUCCAAGGGUUCAACCAUCGAUCUUAGUUUACGGAGCGGGCGGUCAAGGCCAACCGAUACUCAUUAAUCCGGGUUCACCUCCGGGAAAUUUCUUGGUUCCUCAACAACCGGGUACCAAUGUCUUCAUCCGGGGAAAUCCGCAAACGCCCGUUUUCGUUGGGGGUUAUCCCAACCCCAAACCAGCCCACAUCCCGCCCAUUGAGAAAGAUGCCGAGGAAAUUCCCACAAAUCCUUCGAACAUACCACCUUUGCAAUCGACGGAUCCCCAAGAAAAAAGACCAGAAAAACUAGAAACCUUUACCGAAGAUUACAAACCCGAUCAGCCAAUAACCAAUCCAUCGGGCGGAUCCGACGGAACUCCCCGACCUUUAACCAGGAACGACCUGAGACCGGGCCACAGGUUCUUCAUAUUAAACGGAGAGCCCCUCUACCAAAACUACCCGAUCAACUACCCGGGCGAACAGCAGGUCAACUUCCAGCAAAUCGAACAGCCAUUCCAGCAACGGUUGCAGGACAAACAGCCCCAGCAAGAGGUCAAUUACAACGUACCCGUGCAAGGGUUCUUCCUGAGACAGGUGCCCAGCAACUUCAACGCCGUUCCGGUGGAAAAUCCCGGCGAUUUGAACCGGCCGAAUCCGAACCAGAACGGGCCCCAAUACACGCAAAGCUUCGUCCCGUUGGGUCCUCAAGCCUUCCAACAGGAGGAUUUCAAUCAGUUGAACAUACCCCAAGAGGCUCUGUUUAGGCUUCCCAUCGGCCAAUUCCGGUUCGCCCCGCCUAACAACGCAUACUUUCCCUAUUCAGAAGAUGCGGAAAACGAUUCUGUCGUUGUAAAUGCGAAUUUCGAAGAUCCUGGAGACUUGGGUUUGAGAGGAUCUAACCAAGAGGAUGUUUCAUUACCAGUUGCAAAAUCAUCGGACGCUAGUACGGCUCAAGCGACACCGGGGGCGGUGGCUUUAGCGGGGCCAGGUGGAAUGGCGGGUGCAGCCCCCAAGGCUACUGCUCUGGCUGGUAAAGGAGGAUUGGCCAUAUCCAGUCCAAAAGCGACGGCGAUUGCAGGUACUAAAGAAGAACGGAAAGAAGCAAAAGACGAGGAGAAGGAGAAAGAGAAGAAACCGACGCGAAAACCUAAAUGAGUUGUGAUAGUAUUGAGUUGUUUUUUUUUUGUAACGUAGAGAGUAAUUUUUAGGGUUUUAACGAAUAUAAGUUAAGUGGUAGUGAAAGAAAUUUAUGAAACAUAUCACCAACUGUUACACACAGAAAAGAAUAAAAGUUAUUUGUACCGAUA